AUGAAGUGUCCUUGUUGCCCCAACGACAUUUCUGAUUUUCUUCAGAAGGACACUCAGGUGCAUAGAGAUUUAAUGUCGGUGAUUGAGACGCUGAAGGACAAGGAAGAGGAGGCAGAGCCUGUAAGUGCAUCAGAUGAAGAAGGUGGAAGCUCAAGUGUAGAUGGAAACUCUGAGAUCAAAGACGCUGAAGAAGAAGAAGAAACUCCGGUGGUGACGGAAGAUGCUGAUGAACAACCAAGGAAAAUGAUCAAACUUGACACUGACACACUCGUUAGACAUAUCUAG